AUGGAUUUCCAAAGCAGGGCCCGUGCUUACGUGAUCCCGGAGGAUGAGGAGAUGCCCCGCGAGGCCGCCCGCGAUGCCCGCAGCGCCGCGGGGAGCGGCGGCGAGAGAGCCGUGUCCAAGCUGCAGCGCAGGCACAGCGACAUUAAAGUGUACAAAGAGUUCUGUGACUUUUAUGCAAGAUUCAACAUGGCCAAUGCCCUGGCCAACGCCGCCUGCGAGCGCUGCAGAGCCGGCUUCGCGCCCGCCGAGAAGAUCGUGAACAGCAACGGCGAGCUCUACCACGAGCAGUGCUUCGUGUGCGCCCAGUGCUUCCAGCAGUUCCCCGAGGGGCUCUUCUACGAGUUUGAAGGGAGGAAAUACUGCGAGCACGAUUUUCAAAUGCUGUUUGCCCCGUGCUGCCAUCAGUGCGGCGAGUUCAUUAUUGGUCGUGUUAUUAAGGCUAUGAACAACAGUUGGCAUCCAGAAUGCUUCUGCUGUGAUAUCUGCCAACAAGUGUUGGCAGAUAUUGGAUUUGUCAAGAACGCUGGCAGACAUCUCUGCCGUCCUUGCCAUAACCGGGAGAAAGCYAGAGGCCUCGGGAAGUACAUUUGCCAGAAGUGCCACGCCAUUAUUGACGAACAGCCUCUCAUAUUCAAGAACGAUCCAUAUCACCCCGAUCAUUUCAACUGUGCAAACUGCGGGAAGGAGCUGACUGCUGAUGCUCGUGAGUUGAAGGGAGAACUGUACUGUUUGCCCUGCCACGACAAAAUGGGUGUCCCCAUCUGUGGAGCGUGUAGAAGGCCGAUCGAGGGACGUGUGGUGAAUGCCAUGGGCAAGCAAUGGCAUGUGGAGCAUUUUGUUUGUGCAAAAUGUGAAAAGCCAUUCCUGGGUCAUCGUCACUAUGAGAGGAAAGGCUUGGCCUAUUGUGAAACCCACUACAAUCAGCUGUUUGGUGACGUGUGUUUCCACUGCAAUCGUGUGAUCGAAGGGGACGUUGUGUCUGCUCUGAAUAAGGCCUGGUGUGUGAACUGUUUCGCUUGUUCAACUUGCAACACUAAGUUAACACUCAAGAAUAAAUUUGUGGAGUUUGAUAUGAAGCCUGUCUGCAAGAAAUGCUAUGAGAAAUUUCCUCUAGAACUGAAGAAAAGACUCAAGAAACUAGCUGAAACUGUAGGAAGAAAGURAAGACUGCUCUUCCCUUCUUUUAUAAAAUUACUAUAUAUGUUACUUGAGGGAUUUUUWUUCUGCUUUGAAACUGCGCUCAGACAAGUGAUGAUGCAUGCCUUUUAAUUAUCACAUGCAGGUAUCUUCAAAUCCCUUCAGAUUUGUUGACAUAAAUCAUACUAAUAGAAUAAAUUAUGUAUCGACUCACCUGAAAGUAUUUUCACCCUCAUAAUGCAGCUGAAUAGAUGCACUGCACACAAGAGUUUUUACAGAGUUCUACACAGAGGUAAAAUUUGCUUGUAAAUACUGCAAAAAUACACUUUGCAAAUGCAYCCAACUUCAUGUCCACGUAGUGUCAUUUAUAUAACUAGAAGUGUAAAUGUGCAAACUUGAGCAUGGACGUAGGAYUCUGAGUGACUUGGACAAGAAAUUAAGUUGCCUUCUUUCAUGGAGAAAUCCUCUGAUAGCUUCUAGUCCAAACAGUCCCACUAAYGAGCCUUCAAACAGCUUGAAAAAUGACAGGUUUCUAAACAUAGUCACUGCAGAAAUUAUCUCCCUUUAGUAGAUUAUGCUUAUACGAUGAAUCAUUGUACAUCAGGCUUAGCAUGAAAUAUCUAUAUUAAAUAUGUAUUCCUACCGCAAGAAAUGAGCAUUCAGAACUACUUGAAUUUUGCUAUAUUCCAUAUAGAAUAACUUCUUAACUUUUAUAUAUACUUUUGCAUUUUAUUUACUUUUUGUGCCUUAUUCUGCUGGACCAUAGAUAAUAAUGUUCCAUUAUAUAUAUAUAUACAGUUUUAUUUUUAUUUCAUAUUUUUAUGCAGAAAUUAUAUACCUGGUAUCUUCAAAAGAUAACAUGCUUUGCCUUAAUUACGUAGGAUUCAAGAAAUACCAUGUUUCAGAUGUGAACACCUGAGGCUAAAAUCUAGCUUUUAGGCUUUGUUAMUUUUUAGAAGAAUAUUGAAAAUGCAUAUUUCAAUUAAGUGGCAAUAUUACUUUUACACUAGUGAGUGUAAAUACGUUUGGUUUGAUCCUGAUGGGAUCUGUUUCUUUAGCCAUCAUCAAGGACUAAGAUCACAGAUUAGCAGACUUCCUUAUAACAUUAACUGUUUUAUACUAUUGACUUCUGUCCUUGCAAAUCUUCCUKAUAUAAAAACAAAACAAACAAUUGCUUAAGAAUUGUAGUGAUAUURCAUUGUCAAGUAUGCAAACAUUUUUUUUCUUAUUAUUAGUGACUUGAAUUGAUUUUAUGUAGUUACAUCAUGGCAGUUAAAAUUUCCUUUCCUGUUUAUGAAAAGAAUAGUUGGUUUAAAACACCUGCUUUGUGGUGUCAUCAAUAAAGGCUCUGUUAUUGUAA